ACUGUGUCUGGAUAUAAAGAAAUAGGUUAUUGGCUGUCUAAAAGUAAAGAGUAUGAAAGUAUUAGGAUAAAACCGCAAAGAGAAUGCAAAACUUGUGCGUCACCGAACGAUCCCAUCCACGAACUAAGCUCAUAGCUCAAAGAUAAUUCAAAUGAAAUCACAUCCAGAUUUACAACCCCGCAAAGAACACGUGUUCAAAUACGCCCAAACAGAGAAAUGGUGUCAUAUCCCUUUACUUGAAUGAGCCAAACUCUCAGUGCCUUUAGAAUCUGGGCGAUUCUUGGGAAAAGAAAACUUGAGAAAUGGCUUCAAUGGCGCUCGCAGUGUUGGCGUUGUGGAUUGUGUUUGUUUUUGCAGAUGGACAUUCACUUGCCGGUUGGCAGGGACCUGUUAAACGCUCUGAUUAUUCUAUGUAUGACAACCAGUUCUUUCGAGUUGGGGAUACACCACUGGAUAACGAGGUUACAGACUGCGGGCUCGUUCAGCACCAGUUUCACCACGGCUAUAUACGCCUGAGGGAGUACUUGGAACGAAUGCGAGGAUGCGGCAGAAAGGGCAAGCUACAAAAUAUUGAAGGUAUAGCAAAGUCAACAAUAGAAGACCUUCCUAGUUACUAUAGCAACCCUCAACAGACAAGCCAGCGGGUGCAACCAUCAGGCUACCCGCAAGCCUACCGUGAGCCUCAAGGCCCUAGUCAGCAGAAUGGAGCGCAGAGGUCCACAACAAGAAUUAACAGUUUCUUCAGAAAGUUUGGCACACAAGCAAUGGUAAACGGGCCAAAUGGACCAUUAUCCUACACAACAAACACCUACGCUACGCCCUAUUUCCGAGCAAGACAGCCACGGGUGCACCCCAACUACAACAUGGGAAGCUUUCAUUUCCAGAACAGACAGAAGAUCAACACAAGCCCUGAUCCUCAACGGUAUUACACAGAGAAGACGGCAAUGAAUGCGCAUGUCUACGGCGUUCCUGUAACCGCUGGUCAUCAGAUGUACCGAGCACACUUACCGCAAACAGUACAAGCCAAGCGGCCAACAUUUAGCGAUUAUUAUGGGCACUUGGCGACGGCACAAGACCCGAGGACAGCAAAUCCGGACAGACGUGUUACUGUGAUGUCCGGACAAAGGCGGGCGGGCCAUGUGGACAGCGAGAUAGAUAAGGAUGAUCAUGAGAGUAAAUCUGAAGAGAGGCAGGAGACUCAGGGUAUUGAUGGUAACGAGAGCGAGGAGAAUGAUGAAGGCACUAACGCAAGGAUUAUGGACGGGUCGCGCGCAGCGUCAGCUAUUAAGGAAAGCCAGGAGGUGAGAGGGGAAGUUAAGAGCGGGGUGCCUUUAAUGCGGGAGCCACCGCAAAGCCCCACGCCAGCUGUGACCACACCCUCUGCUGACCUCGCCGCUUCUAAGUUUCCUACCAUUACAAACACGCCCACCGCUACUACAAACACUCCUACCAUACCAGAGGGCAUACUUCAGGCGAAAACUCCAACCCAACAAAUUACAAUAAGCCUUGAAAACCAAGGGUCUGCCUCUUCACAAGGAGGUGGCUUGAACUACGCUAAUCCUGACAGUGGUUUGGCAUCUAAGGAUGAAGCUGGUUCUGCUAACUCUGUUAAUCAAGGAAGCCCGUCUAGUCCUAAUGGUCAAGAAAUUGACGGUAAUAAGGAUGAUGAUAAAUUAAAGGCAUUCCUCGCUCCUAAUUCUGAAACAGUGGAUAAGCCUAAUCAAACCCCAAGCCAGCAGACCGAUACUACAGGUUCUUCUGUGAGUAACGAGCCGCAGACCCCAAGCAGUCAACAAACAGCUUCACUGAAUUCUGCUACCCAGGAAAAUAGCCAAUCACCAAAUCCUUCACAGAAACCAAACGUCGCAAUAAACCUCGAUGUUCUUAAAAACAAAAUCCUUCACAGCAGCGACGCAGGUUUCUUAAAACGAAUGCUCACGCUCAUCCGAAAAAUCACGCAUCACAAGGACUUUUCCAAACUUGCUGUCAUGCAGAAAAGCGCCAUUAUGGGCGUGGGGAAAGCUGUCGGGAAGGCUGUGGGUCAGCCGAACGCCGUGCGCUCUCAAAUCGCACCCCAACCACCCGCCAUGCAGCCAGGGGACUACACUUCCUACGGUAAUACAGGCACUGACUUUAGUAGUCAGUAUGUUAACAGAAGGCCGCCAUUCAUGCAGCCUGGUGAUUAUACCGCGCGUGCGCAAACCGUGAGGACCGCUGUACCAAGGCAUGAGGUGACAAAGAAAUUUGAGAUCGAGAGAAACCCGUACCAGCCGGCUCCGCGAAUGGCUUAUGUGCCUCCGUACUGGAACCUUCAGAGACUUAACUACGGCAUCUAUAAUGGAAACGCGCCUUAGAGACUCAAACGUACAGAUGCAACUAUUGCAUGUAUAAUGGAACAAUAAGCCUACGUACAGACUCAAAUACGGAAUCUUAUAAUAUGGAAGUGUACCAUAGGUAUCUAAGAUACAGACUCAACCAAGGCAUGUAUAUGAAAUGCACCUUAGAUAUUUGAACGUACAGACUGUACUGUGUCAUAUAUGAUGCAAAUUUCCCUUAUAUAUUUGAACGUAUUGACUCGAUUGAGAUAUCUAUAAACAAAGAAAUCUAUGAUAGCGGAAUAUGCACCCUAAGAUUCGAAGGUAGACUAGAGACUGUAAUUUAUACCUACGAUCAAGGAAGAUGCUGUUUAUCACUACUUUUUGCAUCGAAAUGAUAUAUUUUUUUAUAGAAUCAGAACAAAUUUUGUAUCAAACGUAUUUGUACGUUCUCUUUUUCAAGAUUCAAUUUUUGUAGACUACCAUUGUGUUAAUUGGAAAUCAUGAAUUAGUAAUAAAUAAGGAAGCAUA